UCUGAGCCGUCGCCUCCUCGUUCCACUAUUUCCUCUCUCUUUCUCUCCCUCCCCGCCGCGCCACGAUCGAGCAGACGACAUGGCCGCCAGCCGCGCGGCAAGGACGCCCCGGGUCUCCGCCAUGGCUCCAGCUGCGCUCAUCGUCCUCCUUGCUGCCGUCGCCGCGCUGCCGGCAGCCACCGCCGAGAUGCCGCGGCUGGUGCACCCGCCCAAGGCCGACGGGUCGCUAACCCUGCUCGCCGUCGGCGACUGGGGCCGCCGCGGGGCGUACAACCAGUCCCAGGUUGCCACCCAGAUGGGGAUAGUAGGGGAGAAGAUGGACAUCGAUUUCGUCGUUAAUGUCGGCGACAACUUCUACAAGAACGGCCUCACCGGCGUCGACGACAAGGCCUUCGAGGAGUCCUUCACCCACAUCUACACCGCCAAGAGCCUCCAGAAGCCCUGGUACACAAUUCUUGGCAACCAUGACUACCGAGGCGACGCGCUCGCGCAGCUAAGCCCCGUCCUUCGCAAGCUCGAGAGCCGCUGGGUCUGCAUGAAGAACUUCGUCGUCGACUCAGAGAUUGCGGAUUUCUUCUUCGUCGACACGACCCCCUUCGUCCUCAAGUACUGGACCGACCCUAAGAAGAGCAAGUACGAUUGGAGAGGCGUUGCUCCUCGUGAGACCUACAUAGCAAACGUCGUCAAGGAUCUGGACGCCGCGCUGAAGCAGUCGAAUGCGCCGUGGAAGAUCGUCGUCGGCCACCAUGCCAUCAGGAGCUCCAGCCAGCACGGCGAUACCCAGGAGCUCCUGCAGCUGCUCCUCCCAACUCUCAAGGCACAUGGCGUCGAUCUCUACAUCAACGGCCAUGACCACUGCCUCGAGCACAUCAGUAGCAGGGACAGUCCGAUUCAGUACCUAACAAGUGGUGGCGGGUCCAAGGCGUGGCGUGGCGUCUUCACGCCCAACUCCGACAAGCUGGAGUUCUUCUACGACGGCCAAGGGUUCAUGUCGAUGCGCCUGACCAAGGCGGAGGCGCAGGUCGCCUUCUACGACAUCGCCGGCACCGUCCUGCACACCUGGGGGCUCACCAAGGGCGCGCACUAGUAGUAGUGAGCCAAUGAUCGAGCUACAGCAUCGUGUGCCGUUGCCUUUGUUUCAACUAUAGCUGAUUGUGCGGAUACGAUGAAACAAAUUAACUCCUACAAUGUGAAGGGAGUGAACUAUCUUGGUCGUGAAAUAAAUUAAAUGGAUGAAUUUUCUAAGCUUUUUAUGAAAAA